AUGACGAUAAUCAUGGAGUAUCCUGCACUACUUCUUAUAGUUUCUUUUGUGUUCAUAAGCAUUAUUAUUAAUCACAUUCUCAAAUCCAAAUUAGCCAUGAGAACACCUAAAUCAACCAAAUUCCAACCGGGACCUAAACCUUUACCAAUCAUAGGAAACAUCUUAGAACUUGGUACCCAACCCCACCAAUCACUUGCUAAGCUUUCUCAAACUUAUGGACCAAUAAUGACACUUAAGCUUGGUACCAUAACCACCAUAGUUAUCUCAUCUCCUAUGUUAGCCAAACAAAUCCUCCAAAAAUAUGACCAAAUUUUUUCUUAUAGAACAAUUCCGGAUACCAUUAAAGUACUUGAUCACCACAUGUAUUCAGUGGGAUGGUUACAACCUUCGACUCAAUGGAGGAUCCUUAGGAGAGUUUGUGCUACAAAAGUGUUCUCUCCAAAACAACUUGAUUCCACGCAAGUUCUUCGACAAAAGAAACUGCGAGAAUUAAUGGAUUUUGUGAAAAGCAAAAGUGAAAAAGGCGAAGUCUUGAAUUUCAGUGAGACUUGUUUUACAACUGUACUUAAUUUUAUAUCUAACGCUUUCUUUUCAAUGGAUUUGGGUCAUUACGACUCUUCUGAGUCUCAAGAAUUCAAGGAUAUAAUUUGGAGCGGUGGGGAAGCAGCAGAAAAGCCUAAUGUAGUGGAUUUUUUUCCAUUCCUUGGAUUACUUGAUCCACAAGGUGCACGUGCAAGGAUGACCAAGCAUGCUAAAAAGUUGAUUGCCUUUCUUGAUGGUCUUAUAGAAGAAAGAUUGAAGUUAAGGACUCUAGAAAUUGAGACUACCAAUAAAAGAGGCAAAGAUGUGUUAGAUUCUGUUUUAGAAGUUAUGCUGGAAGAGAAUUCUCAAGUGACUCGUCUCCAUGUUGUGCAUCUCUUCUUGGUCAGUAUCUUAUUCAAUUCAUCGUUGAAAAUCUCUUAA